UUGUCAUGUGAUACGAACACAUUUCCUGUACACUAGCGUUACACCGCGCUGUCAGAGUAAAACUGAAACAAAAUCGUGUCGCUCGUCGGAUCUAACAAAGGAAAAUAAAAAAAUAAUUUUAAAAACCAAAGAGGACGACCAUAGACCACUGUAAUAUAAGGACAGACCUUGCUAUUGACUUGACACGGACACCUGAACUGUCGCUGUAAUGUUGGUUGGUUAGCUAGUUAGUGUUAACCGGUCGCGGUGUGAUUUGUUUGUUUUAAAUCGACUAUUACAAUCCGGUAUUUACUAAACAGGAUUGACUUCUGCCUGUAACUGUCCGCUACACAACACUGUUCUGGUGUUUACCUGGUCAUCGCGGUUGACUUGAACCUCUUUUUACAUCUUGGCGAGAUCUAAUCUUCCAAACCAGCACCAAAAUGUCAAAAUACACCACUUUUGCUGAUGCAGCUGAUGAUCAUAAUCCAUUUCAGGAUCCAUCGGUGACUCAGCACAGCAGCAACACUGGCUAUGCCACGCUGGACCUCUACAACCCAUUUGACAACAACACGACAGCGCCUCCACCUCCAUAUGAAGCCGCGUCUCCUGCUGCACCUCCUGCCCAGACGCCUCCCAGCAGGACCACACCGACCGAGCCCAGGAAUUAUGGAACACAGUCUGCAGUGAAUGCCACCACAGCAGAUCUUUUGAGGAAGCAGGACGAACUAGAAAGAAAAGCAAAAGAGCUGGAGAGAAGAGAGAGAGAGCUGAAUGCACAUGCGCUUGGGUCUGGAGCCACUCGUCAGAAUAAUUGGCCCCCAUUGCCCUCCUUCUGCCCGGUGGGACCGUGCUUCUAUCAGGACAUUAAUGUGGAGAUCAGCCAAAGCUUCCAGCGCACUGUCACCACCAUGUACUACUACUGGAUGUUCACAGCAUGCACUUUGCUCUUUAAUCUCAUCUCCUGUUUGGCUAUGUUCUGUGUGGAUCCCAAUAAUGGAGUUGGUUUCGGCCUUGCCAUACUCUGGUUCCUGCUCUUCACCCCCUGCUCCUUUGUUUGUUGGUACAGGCCUGUGUACAAAGCCUUCAGGAGUGACAGUUCCUUCAACUUCUUUGCAUUUUUCUUUGUCUUCUUCGCCCAACUGGUUCUUUAUGUUAUCAUGACUAUUGGUAUCCCUGGCUGGGGCUUCAGGUGAGCGGGAUAAAACAGACACAUUUUGGGGUGGAUCGUGAGUUUAGCUGCUCUUAGCAAGAACAAGGGAGCGGGUGCGAUCAUGAUGAUAAAUGCUGUGUUCUUCACCGCUCAGGCAGCCAUGGGUGUUGUGCUGCUCAAGAGGGUUCAUUCUAUGUACAGGAAGACCGGAGCGAGUUUUGAGAAGGCCCAGGCUGAGUUUACUACUGGUGUGCUUUCCAAUCAGGCAGUGCGCCAGGCAGCCACCAGUGCCACUGUUUCUGCCGCACAGGGCGCCUUCACCGCACCCCCGGUAGAGAGACCUGAAUGAAAGAAAAGAAAUGAUGUUAGAGAACCUGAUGCUUACACAGCCUUGAGACAAAGUGACUUAUUCUAGCACUGGCCGAGUUGGAAACCAACGCACUUACUCUAGA